AUGAACUGGCUUAAAUCGACUCUCUCUGCGGCCGUCGGCACGCAAGAGCCCAUCUAUGGCCCCGAGGCCAUUCACUCGGUCGCCAAGCAGGCCGACGAGACCUCUUACACCGAGCUCUCCAAGGAUCACCUGCGUUGGAAAGCAUUCCAGUAUACCAAUGUGGAGACGCAGACUUUCUACAUCAUGGCCGACGAUGGAGGUCUCUUCAUGGUCCAGGUCAUCUACAGCAACAUCGCCGGCAUCCAUACCACGGCCCACUUCAACACCAAAAUUUUCAACCUGAAGGGCGACAAGCCGCAUGUCUGGCACACAGAUGCUUUGUCCAACUUCAUGUUCGACGAGCAGAUGCAAUCCUUCGGCGCCAACAACCUGACCAUCCAGCUCAAUGAGGAGGGUGAUGCCUAUCACAUCAAGUCCACAGUCAACCCCAACAGCGUGGUUGAUCUCAAGUUCACCCGCAAGGCGCCCGGCUUCGUUGCAGGCAAGGACGGUACUACCUUGUUCGGUACCGAUCCCAAGUCUCCCUGGGGCUCAAUGUAUCACGGAUUUUGGCCCCGCUGCGCCGUCGAGGGCACCCUCACCACCAAUGAAAAGACCUACGAUCUGACCGGCCGUGGAGUUUUCAUCGCGGCUCUGCAGGGCAUGAAGCCCCAUCACGCCGCUGCUCGUUGGAACUUCAUCAACUUCCAAACCCCCACUUUCUCCGCCAUCAUGAUGGAGUUCACCACCCCUCCUUCAUACGGCUCCACCACCGUCAACGUCGGUGGUGUGGUGAAGGACAACGAAGUUGUCUAUGCCGGUACCACCAACACCGUCACCCACACUGGGUUCACGCAAGACCCGGAGAGUGACUGGCCCGAGCCGACAGUGGUCAAGUGGGAGUGGACUGGUAAGACCGCCGACGGCAAGGACUUUACCGCCGUCGUAGACGGCCCUCUCGGCAAGCGACAAGAUCGUGUGGAUGUCAUGGGCGAAGUCCCUGGCUUUAUCAAAACCAUCGCCGGCAGCGUUGCUGGUACUCGCCCAUACAUCUUCCAGUUCUCCCCGCAGGAGAAGUUGAAGCUGAAGAUCAAGGUGGGCGACACCGAGGUCGAGGAGGAGGGAACUCUGUUCUCCGAGUCUACCUUCAUCUCUUAA